AAGUAAUAGGGAUUAAGUGACUUGCCCAGGAUCACACAGUUAGAAAGUGUCUGAGGUCAGAUUUGAACUCAGGACCUCCAGGCUUGGCUCUAGCCACUGAGCCACCUAGCUGCCUCUAUCCAAUAACUUCUUAUAACAACUCCUUUGGGCCUCCGUUUUCUCCUCUGUAAGAUGAAGGGGUUGGGCUCGAUGACCACUAAGAUCCCUUCUAGCUCUUGCCACCUAAGCUUCUCUUUGGGGCUCAGUUUUCUCAUCUGUAAAAUAAGAGAGAAAAUGCCCUCUAGGGACCGCUUCUAGUCCUAAAUCCACUGAUGUUUUGGAGACUAGGUACUAGAGUGAUCUAAUUUUUUUUUUUUAACCAUCAAUGGCUUAGAAUGAGACCAAGUUGAUGGUGUGUUCAAUGAAGGGUUCUUUUACUACUGUUGUUAUUUGGUCAUUUUUCAGUCAUAUCUGACUAUGAACCCAUCUGCGGUUUUCUUGACAGAUACCAGUGUUUUAUCAUUUCCUUCUCCAGCUCAUUUUAUAGAUGAGGAAACUGAAGCAAACAGCGAUGUCAUGGUACUGGAAGCAGAUGUCAAUGUGGAAGGGCUGGGCACAGCCAAUGAGACAGGGAUCCCAAUAAUGGCCCACCCCCCUGCCAUCUACAGUGACAACACCUUGGAACAGUGGCUGGAAGCUGUAUUGCCCAGAUCCAGAAAAGGCAUCAAAUUAGAUUUCAAGAACAUCAAAGCAGUUGGUCCCUCUUUGGAUCUCUUGAGGAAUCAGACAGAAGAAGGGAGAAUCCAGAGGCCUGUGUGGAUCAAUGCCGAUGUCCUAGAUGGCCCCAAUGUCCCCAUCCCAGUUGCUGUCAAUGCCACACAGUUCCUGACCCUGGUCCAAGAAAAGUACCCCAAUGCCACGCUGUCUCUGGGCUGGACCACCCUCUACAUCUCCCUCUUUCCCAACAGAACCUAUACGCAGGCCAUGAUUGAGAAGAUGCACCAGCUGGUGGCAGCCCUGCCACAGAAGGUGACCUUCCCAGUGAGAGCUGUCAUGGCAAGGGCUGCCUGGUCUCAUUUUAGCUGGCUCCUGAGGCAGUCUGAGAGGUACAGCCUGACUCUGUGGCAGGGUGGCUCGGACCCCGUGAAGGUAGAUGACCUUCUUUACAUACGGAACCACAGUGCCCCACACCAAAUCUACUAUGACCUUUUUGAGCCCAUCCUGUCUCAGUUCAAGCAGCUUGUCCAAAAGAAGUCUGGUCCAUCCAGAGGUUGAUCUGGAAAGAGCAAAGGUUGGAGAAGAGUGAGUGUGGGGGCCUGGAGUCACUCAUCAGCCCAUCACAAAGCAGGGGGAUCCCCCCCACCCCAUCUCCCAGGAAAAUCAGGACAUGACUGAACUUCAGAGCUAGAAGAGACUUCAGUGACAUUGUCUGAUAUAUCCCGGCAUAAGAAUCCCUUUUCCAGAGUCCCUGCUGAAGAGUUAGUAGUUCAUUCUUUCUCCCUUCUAUAUAUCCUGUAUCUACUUAGUCAUUGACUUGUUCCCCGCCCCCCACUAAAGUGUAAGCUCCUUGAGGGCAGGAAUUAUUUUUGCCUCUCUUUGUGUCCCCAGCACUUAGCACAGUGCCUGGUACACACUGAACACUUAAUAAAUGCUUUUUGACUGAU